AUGAUGGGGUGGUGUUGCUCAGGCAUAUGCAGAGCCCUGGCUCUCCUGGCACUCCUGCUUCCCUUGCGGGAGAGGGGCUGCUGGGGGCUGAAUCCCAGCUCUGGGGAUCUGGAGAAGUCCCCACGCUCUGAUCCAGGCCCCUGGGAGGUCCUGCACAGGCACAAACGCAGCUGGGUAUGGAACCAGUUCUUCGUGUUAGAGGAGUACACAGGAAAUGAACCACUCUAUGUUGGCAAGCUACACUCAGAUGUGGACAAAGGAGAUGGCAAGGUGAAGUAUGUGUUAUCAGGGGAGGGCGCCACCUCCAUUUUCACCAUUGAUGAGAACACAGGAGACAUCCACGCCACGAAGCGCCUUGAUCGGGAAGCACAGGCCUACUAUACCCUUCAAGCUCAAGCUGUAGACCGACUUACCAAUUUACCCGUAGAGCCCAGGUCUGAGUUUGUGGUCAAAGUCCAGGACAUCAACGAUAAUGAGCCCAAGUUUCUUGAUGGACCAUACUUGGCAGGUGUACCAGAGAUGUCACCCUUAGGAACCAUGGUAGUGCAAGUGGCAGCCACAGAUGCAGAUGACCCCACAUAUGGGAACAGUGCCAGAGUAGUCUACAGCAUCAUCCAUGGACAGCCGUACUUCUCAGUGGAGCCCAAGACAGGUGUCAUUAGGACAGCCCUACCCAACAUGGACCGAGAGACGAGGGACCAGUACGUGCUCGUCAUCCAGGCCAAAGACAUGGUCGGCCAGAUGGGUGGUCUCUCCGGCACCACCUCCGUCACUGUCACACUUACCGAUGUCAACGACAACCCGCCGCGGUUCACUCACAAGAGCUAUCAGUACACAGUCCUGGAGUCGCUGCCUGUGCAAUCAGUGGUGGCCAGAAUCAAAGCAACGGAUGCUGAUAUAGGCUCCAACGCAGAGAUGGACUACAGGAUCAUGGACGGUGAUGGGCCUGGCAUGUUCAACAUAACAACAGAUGAGGACACACAAGAGGGGGUCAUCAUCCUCCUAAAGCCUCUAGACUUUGAAACAAAGGACAGCUUUUCUCUGAGAGUUGAAGCCACAAACAGGAAUAUUGACUCCAACUUCUUGAGCUUGGGCCCAUUUAGCGACACAACAUCAGUCAAGGUGACAGUGGAAGAUGUGAACGAGCCACCCGUCUUUUCCACACCACUUAGCAAGAUGGUUGUUUCGGAGGACGCCAAAGUAGGCACCUCAAUCGGUAGAGUCUCUGCGCAUGACCCAGAUACCUCCAACAGCGGCAUCAGGUACUCUAUUGACAGAAACACAGACUUGGAGCGCUUCUUUAACGUGGACGCUCUAAGUGGGGUCAUCAGCACAGCCAAGCCUCUGGACCGAGAGGCCAACUCGGUCCAUAACCUCACCAUCUGCGGCACAGAGAGCCAGGACCCGAACCAAAUUGGAAAAGGCAUCACUCUCAUCACAGUGCUGGACAUAAAUGAUAAUGCCCCAGUCUUUGCCAUAGACUAUGAGACUGACCUCUGUGAAAAUGCCAUGCCAGGACAGGUGAUCCAGACCAUCAGUGCUGUGGAUAAGGACGAACCUCUGAGUGGUCAUCGCUUCUAUUUCUCCCUUGCUUCACCUGUUGCCGGAAACCACAACUUUACUCUACGAGAUAACAAGGACAACACAGCAUCCAUAUUGACAAAACGAGGGGGUUUCCGGAGACGGGAACAGCCUGUGUAUCGGCUGCCUGUGUUGAUUGUGGACAGUGGAAGUCCUGCCCUUAGCAGCACAAACACACUCUUGGUGCGUGUGUGUGACUGUGACUCUAAUGGUGAGACCUUGUCUUGUGGAGCUGUGGCAUACACAGCAACCGGCCUGAGCACCGGCGCCCUCCUGGCUAUUUUGGGCUGCAUCAUCACACUUUUGGUGAUGGUUCUGUUAAUUGUGACAAUGCGUCGGAGGAGGAAGGAGCCCCUGAUUCUCGAGGAGGAGAGAGACAUCAGAGAAAACAUCGUCCGUUACGAUGACGAGGGCGGCGGAGAGGAGGACACGGAGGCCUUCGACAUGGUUACCCUCCGCAACUUGAACGUCAUCAGAGACCCCAACGUCAGGCGAGAUGUCACACCAGAUACGCCUACCUUCUUUCAUUACCCAUCAGCUACUCGCCCGUCUUAUAAAUCCCUGCCGGACAAUGUGGUGUUCCGAGAGUUUAUUUGGGAGCGGCUUAAGGAUGCUGAUGUUGACCCAUCAGCUCCCCCCUAUGACUCUCUGCAGACAUAUGCUUUUGAAGGCAGCGGCUCUGUGGCAGAGUCGCUAAGCUCACUGGAGUCACUAAGUACAGACUCAGAUCAGAACUAUGACUAUCUCAGCAACUGGGGACCACGCUUCAAAAAGCUGGCCGACCUCUACGGCAACAGCGAUGGCACCAGUGUCUUCUCAUAGCCCCAAAAUGUGUCUCCUAACAUAUUUCGGACUAAAAAAAAAAAUAAGAGUAAUUUAUUGUCAACAGAGAAAAUGAUUUUGUCUGCCUUAGUGCAUUGGAGGAAAAGAUUCAAAGACAACACAAGAGAGAUUGAAAGAAAAACACUUUGACUUCAAAGGUUUUUGGUUUGUUUACCUCCUUGUAUGGAUUUUCAAAAGCGUGCCAUGGUGAGUUUUGACACAGACUUCAAAAGUGGCUUGACUGAGGAGGAAACCUUGUGUGCAAAAGACAUUAAAGGUUUCAGAUUUGGGCUCCAGUCCAACCAUUGACUGCAGAAUGCAUACAUGAUGGAGCAUUUUUAUGGUGAGGCACCUGUCCUUUCAUUCCAGCGAUGGGCACGGACCCAGCACCCUUGCUUUGAUGCAUUCCUUUGCUAUCUUUGUGCUAAAAAAAACAACAUAAAAGUUUCUCAUGAAAUGCAGUGUCCCUGGCGGCUAAUUAGUAGUCACUUGACUGUUCAUAUGAAAUUUGACAACAAUUUCUAUGUUUUUCUUUUUUCAGGUUUUUUUUUUGUUUGUUUUGGUUGGGGUGGGUUGAGUGAUGAGGGGCUGUUUUUCAUAAACAUUUAAAAACAUAGCCACAUUGUUCAUGGACUCAUUCAUACCUUUCAAUACUAUAUGAAAAGUGCAACUGCACACAUACAGUAUAAACAAGUAGUUGAUGUGCUAAGGAAGUGAUGUGAAGACAUAAUUUGUGCAAAUAAUAAAAAGAAUGACACUCGUCAGUUUGAUGUCUCCACUGGGUGAAACAGGAAAGCGAAUAAUUUCUCUUUUAACAAUACAUCUUGCAGAUGUUGCAAUGUAGUGUUUGUCUGAGUCUGUUUUUUCUUCAGCCUUUCUAUUGCCAAGUCCAAUGUAUGAUUUCUGAGCUAUAAAAUGUCAGGAUUAAGUUGUUCUGCUUUUGUACGAGGCGGGUGGCGGUUUGAACGAAGGCUACAUCAGAGAGCUUUGUUGAAGGACCGGUCCUCGUCGUGCUUGAUUGCGAGAUUCACGCCACCUAGACUCUAGAAAAAAGAAUUUGUUUCUGAAGUGACAGUCCUUACCUGGGUGAAGUUGCAGUUUGUACGUAAAUGAAUUUCGCUUCUGUAGUUUGCAGAGUCCAGCAUAUAUUGUCAUACAGAAAUUAAAUCAAUAAUGUCCAUGGUUUGUUUAUUAAUGGUUAAAGGACACACUGUAUGAUAAUCAUAUUGUGCUGAUUUUCUUUCUCAGCUUAGACAAAUUAUGUUACGAUUGGGUGUCAACAUGUACAACCGAUAUGUAUUAUUUAUUUUGAAG